GUGUAGCAUGCAAGGCUUCUCGUGGCAGGGACGGUUGGCGGUUCUGGAGGAAGCCGGCUCUUCCCUUGCUUCCCACGCGGAAGAGCUGGCCCGCCUCUUUGGGGGUGUCAGAUCCCUAACUGCGAAAGAGGAUCUCCUGCAGACUCUCCGGACUCACCUGAUGCUGCAGGUGGCUCGGAGAAACGGAUACACGAAGGUGAUGGUGGGAGACAGCUGCACCCGUGUGAGCGUGAAGCUGCUGGCCAGCCUCUCUCUGGGACGGGGGGCCUUCCUGGCUCUGGACACGGGCUUCUUGGAUAGCCGCUAUGGGGACGUCCUAAUCCUGCGUCCGAUGCGGGAAUAUCCGGCCAAAGAGAUCGCUUUCUACAACUACCUCUUCAGGGUGCCCACCGUCUUCACGCCUGGCCUGGACACCAAAGCCUCUGACAGAGCCAGCAUCCACCUCCUGAUAGAGAGCUUCCUCUGCAAGCUGCAGUCGGAAUUUCCCUCCACCCUCAGCACAGUCUACCGGACAGGAGAGAAGCUGAGUACGGACCCUCAAGAAGUCCAGUCUGAUGUGUUGACAGCACCGGCCCGCUGCCUUCUCUGCCUUUGCCCCCUGGACACCAAUGUUGAGGACGGGUCCUCCUUGCAGGCCACGCUGCUGUCCGAAAAACUCAGCCGGCGGCCUCCAGCUGAGGAGGAAGGCUGCGGGGGCGGCAUCCAGGCAGGCUGCUGCGGAAAACCCCCAGCAGGAAGAGAGAGCUCCGACCUUCUCCCAUUGCUCUGCUAUGGCUGCCGUCUAACAUUCAAGGAGCUGAGCUGCGUGGAGUCCCUCCCGCCAUACAUUCACGAGGAGGCCGAGCGCCAGCAAUGCAGGGCUGCGAUGAAGCAAGAAAUCCAGGAAUUCUUGCUUGAAGACGAUGCUUGAUUUGCAUCGGGUGCACAGCGGGAGGACUGUUCGUGGGCCUAACGGCCAGACACUCUGCUUCCACAAGUGUUUUUUCAAGCAGAGGAAUCGUCUUGGAUUCAGCAGCGGCCAGACUGAGCCAAGGAGGAUCCAGAUGUUUCCCCCAUCUGCCAGUUGGGCACCUCCUUGGAUGCCCAAGUGAACUGAAUUUCUAUUUUUGUGCACAGGAUUGAAAUCCUAAAAGAGGCAAAGGGAGAAGCCUUGCUCACUGAAGUUUUAUGAAGUGUCCCAAGGAAAACAUGUUCCUUCUUGGCCAUCACCCCCAUCCAGGCCCCCCAAGGCUUCAUUUAAGCUCUCCUCCAAAACUCUUCCAGGCUUCUCUGGAGCUCGGCUGCUGAACCAGAGGAAUUUCUCUCCCCCAAAGUCCACCUUGACUUCUCACCAUCUUUUUUUUAAAAUCACAGCUUUGUUUUUAUUGUAUAGAUCUGUAUAAAUAAAAUGGCCUCCUGUAGAAAAAAUAAGUUUGUAGAUUCCCAGCAGCCCUUGUUCCCAGCAGCGGGGCCGAGAGGGAGGGUCAGGGGAGGGGGCUCUGGACAUUUCAGCAGCAGGACAGCCAUUCACUUCCUGGUCUCCGUGGGGGGAAGGAAACGGGAGUCCAGGUUUGGGACUGGGCAAUAUCUUCAUUUUCAUUUUGUAAAAAAAAAAAAAAA